CUUCAUCUAGGUUUGGCUCAACAGCUGACAGAGAAGUGAAAAACUGUCUUCUCAAUGGAAGACAACAGCGAACCUGAGCAGAGCUCCUGGGCUCAUCUACCUGAUGUCUGCCUGAGGCAUGUCUUCCAUUGGUUAGAUGACAGGGACAGAUCUCGGGCUGCCUUGGUCUGUAAAAAAUGGAGUUGUGCCAUGUAUUCAGGAUCCCUCUGGAGAAGGAGAACCAUCACAUUCUAUGGCCGACCAUCAAGGGCACACACAUUGGAGCUUCAAAGUGCACUGUGGUAUGUCAAGAAAUUUGGCAAGUAUUUGGAGCACCUUGAGAUCAAGUUAUCGAAUCCUUACAAUACUGCCUUUACCCAAAAGUUUCAAGUCACUAUGAAAGGUCUUCUUUCACACCUGGGUAAGUGUAACAGUCACCUAGUAUCCCUGAGCAUCAAGUACCUGGAAUUAGACCGCUUGAUCUGGAAAAACAUGGUCAGGGCUCAGUUUAUCAAGAACUUAGCUACCUUCCUGAAAAAAAUGAGCAAACAGCUUGAUUAUCUCAACUUAAAAGGUGCGGGAGUAACCUUGGAAGAAGGCUGUGAGCUUCUGAAUUCUCUGAGCUGCUUGACAAAUAAAAGCUUUGUAUCUGAAAUCAAUAUUGAGGAUUUCUUCAGUCUCCACCCUCCUGUCUACAGCAGCACCUUGUUUCACCAAGCUAUGUCCAAGUUCUGCAGCCUGGUCAUCCUGUCUUUAAAUUAUAACUGCAUCUCUGAUGAACUGCUGGACAUCCUGCGGAAGCACAGUGCUCAUUCCCUGUGUACCUUGAAUAUCAAAUGUCAUAUCCAUGAUCCUCAUGGGCAAGUGGUCUGGGGAAUGUCGUGGGCAAACUUAGCCAAGAGAGCCCCAAAACUAAAUGUGAACUUCUUCUUUGAAAGAGUCAUGAAGCAUGAUCACCUAGCCAGGAUCCUGCUAGUGGAGAUCCCAGUCAGGAGCAUCAGUCUACGGAGCUGCUAUUUCAGUGACCCAGACUGGACAAUGAGACCUACCCUCACCAAUCUCCUCCCAGCCUACUGGCAUGUUCUGCAGAAAUUAACACUUGAACUGAACAAUGACCAUGAGCUGCUGGAUGAUGAGCUGCUACAGCUCAUCUUAUCAUGCAAGAGGUUGUUAUUUCUGAAAGUCUGGGCAUUUCUAAGUGUCGCUUUUAUGGAGAGGCUGCUACAAAACCGUGCAGAAAGGAAAUGCAUUUUGACUACCAUAAAGGUCAGGAUUUACAUAGCCCGACAAGAAAGCAGUGAGGAGGAUCAGCUGUUGUACGAUAUUUACAGGAAGUUCAAAUACCUGAUUGACUCAGAGCUGAAUUAUUUUGUCAUCACCUACCCAAUGGUGUAA